AUGAAGCGCCUCCGCACCCUCCUCACAGCCCUUCUCCUCCCUACCGCCGCCACGGCCCGUUUCGGUCUGGUGGGCUACGGGCAGUGGUGGUACGACCCGCCGUGCGGCUACGCAUGUCGCAACGUGUUUGGCGCCGCGCCGCUCAACUGCACGACAAACACGGACUCCACGGCCGGAGAGCACACGCCCGAGCCCGAGGCGCGACCCCGGUGCAUCGCGCACAACGAUAACUUCCUUCAGACCCUGGCCUACUGCCUGGGCACGCGAUGCGUCGCGGACGGUGUCAGUGCGGCGCGGCUCGAGACCUUUUGGGCCGAGCAUGCGACGGGAGACCCGGCUGUGCUGGCGGACCGGACAUAUGGGGCGGUGCUGGCGGGGAUCACGAGCCCUCCGACGCGGGUGUACAAGAGUGGCGAUACGCUGAAUUACACGGCGUUGAUCGCCGACGAGGAUUAUCAGUACCAGGCCAGCUGGAAUCGCUUUUACGACUGGCAGGAAGCAGUCCACUCGACGUACAUCAUUAUCAUCUUUUCCAUCGGCCUCGCCAGCCCGCUCCUCUUCUCCUGCAUCUCCAACCUGCGCCUUACGCACGGCGCCAUCGACGCGAUCCGGCCCUACCUCCUCCAACCCUCCUCCAUCCCGGGCGGGUACAACGUCCGGCCCUUGCCCUACCUCCUCGGCAACGCCCCAACCAUGGGCCAGAGCUUAUGGAUCGCCAUGUUUAUGUUCCUUAAUAUCGUGCUGGGCUUGAUUACUUAUCGGAACUUUGACCAGGCGCACCCGUGGCGAUUCGACAAGACGGCCGAGAUCCUGGCUUACAUGGGCAACCGCACGGGCCAUAUCUCUUUCGCCCUGCUUCCUUUAACGAUAUUGUUUUCCUCCCGCAAUAACUUUUUAUUGUGGCUUACCGACUGGCCCUUUUCCACUUUUUUGGUCCUGCACCGCUGGGUCGCGCGCAUCUGUGCCGCGCAUGCGGUUGUGCAUUCCAUGACCCUGUUGGCCGCCUACACCAGCACGGGUUACGCCUAUACCGCCGUAUACACGCCGUACUGGAUCUGGGGCAUUGUCGGUACCGUCUCCAUGGUGUUUAUGCUUGUGCAAAGUAUUGUUUGGCUGCGCCGCACCUCGUACGAAAUCUUCCUCAUUUUGCACAUCUCGCUUGCCAUUUUGGUUUUGGUCGCCUGCUGGUACCAUAUUCGGUACUGGAUAGGCAUCACCGGCCUUUACGAACUGUGGCUGUACAUGGUUUUCGCCGUGUGGGCCUUUGACCGGCUGGCGCGGUGGUUCCGUGUCGCCCAGAACGGCCUGCGGCGCGCCACCGUCGUCGAGUUGUCGGCUGACAUUGUGCGCCUCGACAUCCCCGGGGUGCGCUGGACCGCCUCGCCCGGCCGCCACGCCUACGUGCACUUCCCGACGCUGCAUCCGCUGCGGGUCUGGGAGAACCACCCGUUCUCGGUGACCGAGACGGCGCUGCUGCACCCGCAGAAGCGGGGGCCGCUCGACUCGGCCGAUGCCUUGUCAAGCAAGGGCGACGAGGAGAUGUUGACAACCAUGACGACGACGACGACGACGAAGACGACGGCGACGGGCAAAGAGCCGCGCGCGGCCGGCGCGGGCUGCAUCUCCAUCUACGUCAAAAAGCACCGCGGGGCCACGGCGCUGCUGCGGGAGCGUGCUGCGGGCUUGCCGGUGCUGCUCGACGGGCCGUACCGGGGCGGCCCGCCGCGCAGGAUCCUGAGGUGCAACCGCGUGCUGCUGAUCGGUGGCGGGAUCGGCAUCACCGGCCUGCUGACCUGGGCGCACGCCCACGUCAACGUGAAGCUGGCGUGGAGCCUGCGGGAGACCUCGCGCGCGCUGCUGGAGGACCUGGAGCCGGCGCUGGACGGACUGGCGGACAAGGUGGUGGUGGUGGGCCGCCGCCUGGACGUCGACGCGCUGCUGAUGCGGGAGGUCCAGGCGGGGUGGAAGCGGGUGGGCGUCGUGGUGUGCGGCCCGCCGGGGCUUUGCGAUCACACGCGCACGGCGGUGGUGCGUGCAGGCAAGAAGACGACUGGGACGGUGUUUGAGCUCGAGGUCGAUGCUUUCACCUGGUAG